UGGGCCUAGGGUUGGCUGUUGGUUGUUAUUGUUACCGAUUGUCGCCCCAUCGCGAUACGCACCUUCACCGUUUGUUGGUUCCGAAAACGGUCCAUACUCGUCGGCUACACAGCGGACAGAGAGUUUAUCUCGCCGCCAUACCCACUUGUGUGGUCCCUAUAAAAAGGAGCGCUUGGUCGAUGGCGAACUCUUCGCUUCCGGCCAGUGCCUCGUGUAACAUCGACGACAACGACGACGACGAGGACGACAACGGGGACGACAACGACUGAAAGUGAAACUCUCAACCGCUAUGGACCUUCUGCUUGUUCUGGUCUCAUUGUGAGCUACUACUUCCGCUGCUGACUACCUCUCCGUGUCAAUGAUUUCGAAAACAAAUCACCAUCUCAUUUCAACGGAUGUGGUUGUCGUGCUGAGAAAGAGCAGUAAAAGAAAAGGAGCGAACCGAACCUACCGUAGCCACCACCCGAAACCUACGUGUGAAUAUUCUGCCGCCCAAGUGCCCUAGAACGUGCGCGAUCAAGUGAUGGCCGAGUGGACGCUACUAUGCUACCUGACGAUCGCACUUUUCGCGAUCGGCCAGAUUCAAGGUGAAUCCGGUCCGAGACCGUCCGUCCGUGGUGUGACUGGGAUCGUUGCUGGGGAGCCCCUAACCGAUGGGUCACCGGAGGACAUUGUUGGCACAACCGAAGCAGAGCUUUCGUCCGUAGAUCAUACGACCCAGAGCCCUGCCACCACGACGCAUGAUCGCGUCUUGUUCGCGGAUACGCCUGUCAUGGAUGCCAUUACCAUCAUCUGGUAUCUGGCCACCUUUAUUGCGCUGAUCUCCUUCUUUCUGGUGAUGGCCUGUGCCGAUCGGAAUCGCUGUCGAUCCCGCAAACCCGUCGAUCCGGAGAUGACACCACCGCCAACACCGGCCCCCUCCUACCGGCUGUUUGCACCGCCCAGCUACGAUAGUCUCGCGUUCGAUAAGGACACGGACAGCAUUUUCAUCAUCCCGUACGAUAGCCGCAGUGUCUCGGAUGAUGAUCCUCAAGGGCGUGCCGAAGGUUUGGCUAGCAACCUGGAGUACAUUAUCGAGCGACCGUCGCCAUCAUCUGAUGCUCCCUCCGUACCCGUCACCAGUGAUAUUACACCCAAUGGCAGUGGAGGGCAUGAUCUAGUGGAAGUGACCAGUGUACCGGUGCACCCGACGUUGCGGUAAAAGUGUCGCCGUCGUGAAAGUCGUGACGAAAUCGCGAGACACGCUUGCACUGCCACCCUCCUUGAAGGUCAUAAGUGGAUGUGGGACUCGUUUGUGAGUCAGCCUCUUGAAGGAAUGACGAUGCCCCGUUGACGCCUGUGACGACGCGUGAGUGCGGAAGUUUGGUGGCCGCUUUUGCAUCUGAAGUAUGCCGCGCACUCAUCGAUAGUGCGGCUGCUUCUUGGUGAUGUAAUCGUCGAGACAGUGGAAGUUAUGGUCAUGCCCGGGGAGACGAAGCGAACCGGGAAAUAGUUAUUGCAAUGGUUGCUCUUAGUUACCGGAUUGGUGCUUCGCUCCGCGAUCGGGGCUCGUGUUUACUCUCUGGCGUGUUAGGAUGACCUUCGAGUAUGUGAGGUGUGUAGAGGUGCUAGAUAGAAUGAAAAAUGCGUCUUUACCCUCGCAGUAGCAGGCGCCACUCAGCAUGCGACUCAUGACAAAACUGUGAAGAAAUACGAAACCGACGACGACGACAACGACGGUGAUGGUAGAGAGCAAUAGCCAAGCGGGCACAGGUCCACAUAAUCCAAGUUAAACAGAGGAUCUAUUGUAAAUGUGUAAAUAUUAUUUUAGAGCUCAUUAAGUGCAUAGUAAGUAGGCGGUUUUAAGUAUACAAAUUUACAAUAUAAAAUGCAUUUACUAC